GCCCCCCAACAACUCUAUCCUGCCUACUGUAAAAUCAAUCCUAAAUCUUCAAUCUUUCUUCGCAUUCAAUUGAAUUCCCAUUGUGGGUUUCUUCUCAUGGAUGGAAUCAUAACUCUUAGAGCAGCAACUCCGAGGAUUUCUUUUCAUGCAAUUCCUUCGUUCGCUCCAUCAACCAAAAUCUCUACUUUAUCUUGGCGGAGGUCCGUUCUGAUUCGCAGGAUUUCAAUGGCAGAACGAAAAAGCUGCGUUCGAGCCCAGAAUCAGUCGGAGUCAACCCUUGAUAGUGAGCCCGAAAAAAAUGCUCUCAAGAUUAAGGAAUGGGAAGUUGGGAUGUUUCAAGAUGAAAUUGCUUCGAUCGAUGGGAUAAAAAUAAGGAGAAGGCCACCAACUGGUCCUCCUUCACAUUAUGUCGGUCCCUUCGAGUUUCGCAUUGAAAAUGAAGGCAACACUCCUCGAGAUAUACUGGAAGAAAUAGUAUGGAACAAGGAUAAGGAAGUUGCACAGAUGAGAGAAAGAAAAUCCUUGUUUAUGCUAAGGAAGGAUCUUGAAAAUGCUCCACCAACAAGGGAUUUUGUUGGAGCACUUAGGGCGUCAUAUCUUCGAACUGGAUUGCCUAGUCUAAUUGCUGAAGUAAAGAAGGCUUCCCCAAGUAGAGGAGUAUUAAGAGAAGAUUUUGAUCCGGUUGAAAUCGCCAAAGCAUAUGAAAGAGGUGGUGCAGCUUGUCUUAGUGUUUUGACAGAUAAGAAGUAUUUUCAGGGAAGCUUUGAAAAUUUGGAGGCUAUACGAAAUGCUGGAAUAAAGUGUCCUUUAUUAUGCAAAGAGUUCAUCGUAGAUGCUUGGCAAAUCUAUUAUGCUCGUUCGAAAGGUGCAGAUGCAGUGCUCUUGAUUGCUGCUGUUUUACCUGAUCUUGACAUCAAAUAUAUGGUCAAGAUCUGUAAGAUACUUGGAUUGGCGACUCUUGUUGAGGUACACGAUGAGAGGGAAAUGGAUCGAGUUCUUGGAAUAGAUGGCAUUGAACUCAUUGGAAUUAACAAUAGAGACCUUGGAACAUUUGAGGUUGAUAUUAGUAAUACCAGGAAGCUUCUUGAAGGGAAACGUGGAGAAUUGAUCCGUGAGAAGGAUAUAAUUAUUGUUGGAGAGUCUGGACUCUUUACUCCUGCUGACAUUGCCUAUGUGCAAGAAUCUGGUGUUAAAGCGGUAUUGGUUGGAGAAUCACUAGUUAAACAGAGGGAUCCAGCGAAGGGAAUAACUGCACUGUUCGGUAAAGACAUUUCGACUACGGAAUACUAAGGAAGUGUCAUAGCCCUCUUUUUCUCGUUUUUUUCCUAUUUAAACACCCCACUUGGAUUAAUCAGGUUAGCCACCAAGAAAAUGAUGGUCAUUAUAAUUAUCUUGGUUUAUUGGCACUUGAGUUGUAGUUUUGGUGGAGAGGAUAGAAGUUUUUAUUUUUAAGACCAUCAAUAAUAUGUUGUAAUCACAAAACAAAAUCAAACUCCAAAUAGUAUUUGUUCAACUAUACAUGAGAUGAUUAAAUAAUGCUUAUUUUAUUUGAUUGGUCA